AGAGAUAUGGGUUACAAUGUUGCUAUGAUGGCGGACUCGACGUCUCGAUGGGCUGAAGCUUUGAGAGAAAUUUCAGGAAGACUUGCGGAGAUGCCAGCUGAGUCUGGAUAUCCAGCAUAUUUGGCUGCACGUUUGGCAUCUUUCUAUGAAAGAGCUGGUAUGGUGGAAUGUAUAGGAUCGCCAAAAAGAAAUGGAAGUGUUUCCAUUGUCGGUGCGGUUUCGCCACCAGGUGGUGAUUUCUCUGAUCCAGUUACCACUGCUACAUUGAACAUUGUCCAAGUCUUCUGGGGUCUUGAUAAGAAGCUUGCACAGAGAAAGCACUUCCCAUCAGUGAAUUGGAACAUCUCCUUCUCUAAAUAUAUAAAGAUUUUAGAGCAAUACUACAACUCAAAAGACGACGAAUUUGUCACUUUGAGAGAUAAAGUGAAGGACAUCUUGCAAAUGGAAGAUGGGUUGUUACAGAUUGUUCAGUUGGUUGGUCAAGACUCAUUGGCUGAGACAGACAAACUGACGCUGGAAAUGGCUCGCGUCAUUAAGGAUGAUUUCUUGCAACAAAACUCAUACACUCCAUACGAUUUUUCUUGCCCAUUCCCAAAGACUUGCUGGAUGUUAAGAAACAUCGUUCAUUUCUAUAAUGAAGCAUUCAGAGUCCUUUCUGUUGAUUUCGAAGAGCAUAAAAUUACUUGGUCGACUAUUAAGAGCUCGAUGAACGACUUACUUGUAAGAAUUUCACGUAUGAAAUAUGAAGUGUGGAUCAACAACGAAGAGACAGUAUCCGAGAAAUAUAAAGAGCUCAAUAAAGAUAUUACUAACAGAUUCGCUACGCUCACCGAGUAA